GGUUGCGUCACGAGUCUCACACCCCCCCCUGCUCCCCCCGCCGACAAUGACCCCGCAGUGGCGUUCGCCGUCAUCGCCGCGUUGAUCUCCCCCGCCACCACCACCGCCGCCUCCUCUCCUCUCGCUGUCCGUCAUCUCGCCUCUUCGUUGACGAACUCCGCGCCGAGGAGGGAGCCACGCGUGGAGCUCUCUGCGGGGGCGUUGCGGGCGGGCGGCCGCUGGGGAACGACAGCAUGGCGGAGGUGGACCCGGACACGUUGCUCGAGUGGCUGCACAUGGGCCAGGGUGACGAGAGGGACAUGCAGCUCAUCGCCCUGGAGCAGCUGUGCAUGCUGCUGCUCAUGUCCGACAACGUCGACCGCUGCUUCGAGACAUGUCCUCCUAGGACAUUCCUGCCGGCCCUGUGCAGGAUCUUCCUGGACGAGUGCGCGCCGGACAAUGUUUUGGAGGUGACCGCCCGAGCGAUCACCUACUACCUGGACGUCUCCGCCGAAUGCACGCGCCGCAUUGUGGCCGUGGACGGUGCCAUCAAAGCUCUGUGCAACCGUCUGAUCGUGGUGGAGCUCAACAACCGCACCAGCCGCGAUCUCGCCGAGCAGUGCGUCAAGGUGCUGGAACUGAUUUGCACUCGGGAGUCGGGCGCCGUGUUCGAGGCCGGUGGGCUGAGCUGCGUCCUCCAGUUCAUCCGCGACUCGGGCCACCUGGUGCACAAGGACACACUGCACUCGGCCAUGGCGGUGGUGUCGCGGCUGUGCAGCAAGAUGGAGCCGCACGACGCUUCGCUCGAGUCCUGCGUCGAAGCCCUCUCCGUCAUGCUCAAGCAUGAGGACCCACAGGUGUCCGACGGGGCGCUGCGCUGCUUCGCGUCCCUGGCCGACCGUUUCACUCGCCGCGGCGUCGACCCGGCGCCGCUGGCCAAGCACGGCCUCUCCCUGGAGCUGCUCGCCCGCCUCGCGUCCGCGGGGGCGUGCGGUGCGGCGGGCACGUCCGGCACCCCCAAGGCCGCCCGCGGCCCCCCGUCGUCGGCCAUCGCCGCCGCGCCGGACUCGAAGAUGGUCAGCCAGGUGUCGACCAUCGUGAGCCUCCUGUCCACCCUGUGCCGCGGCUCGCCCAUCGUCACCAGGGACCUGCUGCGCUCGUUGCUGCCGGAUGCCAUCGAGAGCGCGGUGCAGGGCGACGAACGCUGCUCGCUCGACACGAUGCGCCUCGUCGACCUGCUGCUCGUGCUGCUCUUCGAGGGCCGCAGGGCGCUGCCCAAGUCCACGUCGAGCCUCAGCAGCCGCAUCCCCGGCCUGCGCCGGCUCGAUAGCUCCGGCGAGCGCUCCCACCGGCAGCUCAUCGACUGCAUCCGCAGCAAGGACACGGACGCGCUCAUCGACGCCAUCGACACGGGCGCGUUUGAAGUCAAUUUCAUGGAUGAUGUCGGACAGACGUUGCUGAACUGGGCCUCUGCGUUUGGCACUCAGGAGAUGGUGGAGUUUCUGUGCGAACGAGGGGCUGAUGUGAAUAGAGGUCAGAGGUCGUCUUCCCUACACUACGCAGCCUGUUUCGGUCGCCCGCAAGUGGCAAAGACCCUGCUGAGGCACGGAGCCAACCCAGACCUGCGUGACGAGGACGGGAAGACGCCUCUGGACAAGGCCAGGGAGAGGGGACACAGCGAGGUGGUCUCCAUACUGCAGUCUCCCGGUGAGUGGAUGUGCCCCGUGAAUAAAGACGACGAGAAGAGGAAGAAGGACUGCGGCCACAAAGAGGAGGAACUCAACGAGCCCAAAGGCGACCCAGAGAUGGCGCCAGUCUACUUGAAACGCCUGCUGCCCAUCUUCGCCCAGACCUUCCAGCAAACGAUGAUGCCCUCUGUGAGGAAAGCAAGCCUUGCACUUAUCAGAAAAAUGGUGCACUAUUGCCCUGAAGCACUUUUAAAGGAAGUUUGCGGAUCAGAUUUGGGCCAUAAUCUGCCAAUCAUUCUCGCAGAGGUCACCUCGGCCGUGUUGGAUCACGAGGAUGACGACGACGGUCACCUGCUGGCGCUGCAGAUGAUCGAUGACCUCGUGGAGAAGGGAGGGGACCUGUUUGUGGAUCAGCUGGCCAGGCUGGGCGUCAUCAGCAAGGUUUCCAGCCUGGGCGGAACGGCCUCCGACGACGAGAACGAAGAUGACGCGCAGGUGGACAAGAUGUCCAGUAGGGGCGGAUCGGCAAGUCACAACAGCAAACAGUACAAAAACACGAUAGGAGUGCAAAGUAGAGAAAAGCAGGAGAGCCCUCUGCACGAAGACGCCAAGGAGCUGGUGCAGGGGAAGCCAUUCCACUGGCGCGAUUGGUCGGUGGUGCGUGGCCGCGACUGCCUCUACAUCUGGAGCGACGCAGCCGCCCUGGAGCUCUCAAACGGCUCCAACGGAUGGUUCCGCUUCAUCCUGGACGGGAAGCUCGCCACCAUGUACUCCAGCGGCAACCCGGAAGGUGGAUCCGACAGUUCAGAGAGCCGCAGCGAGUUUCUGGAGAAGCUGCAGCGAGCCCGUGGCCAGGUGAAGGCCGGCACCCCGAGCCAGCCCGUCCUGUCCGUGCCGGGCCCGAGCAAGCUGGUCGUGGGCAACUGGACCCUGACCUGCCUCAAGGAGGGGGAGAUCGCAAUUCACAACUGCGACGGGCAGCAGGCCACCAUCCUGAAGGAGGACCUGCCGGGCUUCGUGUUCGAGUCGAACCGCGGCACGAAGCAUUCCUUCACAGCCGAGACAUCCCUAGGGUGGACGGGGAAACGAAGCAAAAAGCUGCGUUCCAAGCUGGAGAAGACAAAGCAGAAGGUGCAGAUCAUGGCGAAGGAGCUCUAUGAGAACCACUUCAAGGCGGUGGAGAGCAUGCCCCGGGGCACCGUGCUGGCGUUGCGCAACAUCGCUACGCGGCUCGAGUCGUCGUGGGAGCUGCACUCCAACAGCAGGGGUCAUGAAGCCGACAACAACUGGGUGGAGCUGAUGAAGGCCUCGCUGGAAGACUUAACUUUGCUGCUGAAAGAUGAAAACACUAUCAGUCCAUACGAGAUGAGCAGCAGCGGCCUUAUACAAGCGCUUCUUACUGUGUUAAACAAUAAUGUGAAUAAGGAGCAUCGCCACAGCUGCAAGCAGAUCAUUGAGAGGAUAAACAUCUUCAAGGCCGCCUUCAAGAGGAACGACGAUGACGAAAGCCAUCUGGCUGUGGCCUUGGUGCGAAAGCUGAUCGCCGUUUUGGAAUCUAUCGAGAGGCUGCCUCUGUAUCUCUACGAUGUUCCUGGAACACCGUACAAUCUUCAGGUAUUAAACCGGCGUCUCAGGUUCCGCCUGGAGCGCGCGCCCGGGGAGACGUCGCUGAUCGAUCGGACGGGACGGAUGCUCAAGAUGGAACCGCUGGCCACCGUUGAGAGUCUGGAGCAAUACCUCCUCAAGAUGGUCGCCAAGCAGUGGUAUGACUACGACAGGUCCUCAUUUGCGUUUGUGCGGAAGCUACGGGAGGGGCAGACCUUCGUCUUCAGGCACCAGCACGACUUCGAUGAGAACGGCAUCGUAUUUUGGAUCGGCACCAACGCGAGAACCGCCUACGAGUGGGUGAACCCGGCCGCCUACGGACUGGUCGUGGUCAGCUCGUCGGAGGGCCGCAACCUCCCGUACGGCCGCCUGGAGGACAUCCUCAACCGGGACAGCUCGGCCUUGAACUGCCACACCAACGACGACAAGAGCGCCUGGUUUGCCAUCGACCUGGGCCUCUGGCUGAUCCCCACGGCGUACUCGCUGAGACACGCGCGGGGCUACGGUCGCUCCGCCCUGCGCAACUGGCUCUUCCAGGUGUCCAAGGACGGACAGAACUGGACGACGCUCUACACCCACAGUGACGACUGUGCACUCAACGAGCCAGGGUCUACAGCCACUUGGCCACUUGAGUCUCCGAAGGAUGAGAAGCAGGGCUGGAGGCACGUUCGCCUGAAGCAGAUGGGGAAGAACGCGAGCGGGCAGACCCACUACCUGUCCCUGUCUGGCUUCGAGAUAUACGGCACGGUCACAGGCGUGUGCGAGGAUCAGCUGGGCAAAGCGGCGAAGGAGCAGGAGGCCAACCUUAGGCGUCAGCGCCGGCUGCUGAGGUCUCAGAUCCUCAAGUACCUGGUGCCGGGCGCUCGUGUGGUGCGGGGCAUCGACUGGAAGUGGCGCGACCAGGACGGCAACCCCCCGGGGGAUGGCACCGUCACCGGGGAGCUCCACAACGGGUGGAUUGACGUCACGUGGGACGCCGGCGGAUCCAACUCGUACCGCAUGGGCGCCGAGGGGAAAUUCGACCUGAAAUUGGCUCCGAGCUACGAUCCGGAGAUCUCGGUGUCGCCGAAGCUGCUCGCGCUGUCCGGGGCAACGCAGUCGUGGAGCAACCUCCUGAAGAACAACAGCCAGGAGAAGUCGGCCAUGGCCGGCAGCCGGAAGAGCAGCGGCAGCUCGGUGUGCAGCGCCGGCAGCAGCACCGACGCGCUGGGCUUGGCCGCCGCCUGCGGGAUGGGUGCCCGUGCGGACGAGAUGACGCGCUCCGCGCUGCGUCACGGCAAGCCGUGCCCCGCCGAGCUUCAGGAGCGGAAGGGCAGCUCGGGCGAGCUCCUCGCGGUCUCCUGCACCGAGGGCCCCCAGACCUUCGUGGUGCUGUCCAGCACCGAGUCGCUGCCCGUGUCGGAGACCGGCUCGGAGGCGUCGGCGGACACGGUGCAGGAGACGACAGGCUCUGGCCCGCCCGCCGGCGGCGGCGACGAGGGGGCGAUCGACGCCGGAGAGCGCGGUGGGGGCGAGGCGAGCGGCAUCGCGCUCAACGUGGUGAGCGUGAGCUCGCCCGACGUGAGCUCCGUGUCGGAGCCAUCCAACAAGGAGGGCGGCACUCCGCAGCGGCCGCUGGGCUCGCUCGUGACGAACCGGCUGUCCGUGAGCGCGCUCAUGGCGGCCGGGGCACCCAUGAGCUCCAGCGCCAGCGUGCCCAACCUGUCAUCGCGCGAGGCCUCCAGCCUCAUGGAGUCGUUCGUGCGCAGGGUGGCCAACAUUGCCCGCACCAACGCCACCAACAACAUGAACCUGAGUCGCAGCAGCAGUGACAAUACCACUAACACUCUGGGCAGGAACGUCACCAGUGCAGCAACUUCUCCCCUUAGCGGAGCCCAGAGCUUUCCAAAUUUAACUGCUGCGGGCACAACGUCCACUGUGACGCUGUCCACCACUAGCGUGACGAGCAGCAGUAAUGUAACGGCUGCGCCCACAGGUUUGUCAGUCAGCCAGUCGCUCAGUAACACGCUGACGACAAGUUUGACGUCCACCACCUCUAGUGAGAGCGACACAGGUCAGGAAGCCGAAUUUUCGCUAUAUGACUUUUUGGACAGCUGCCGUGCAGGCACGCUGCUUGCCGAGUUAGAGGACGAGGAUGAUUUGCCAGAGCCAGACGAGGAGGACGAUGAGAAUGAGGACGAGAAUCGUGAAGACCAGGAGUUCGAAGAGGUCAUGGAGGAGGAGGAAUAUGAGGUGCGGAGCGGACGCAGACGCAUGUGGGAUGACGACUUUGUCCUGAAGCGACAGUUCUCCGCCCUUGUUCCGGCCUUUGAUCCAAGGCCUGGUCGCACCAACGUUCAGCAAACCACGGAUCUUGAAAUCCCACCUCCAGGCACGCCGCACUCAGAGCUGAUCGAGGAGAUGGAAUCGAGCGCCUCUCCACAGCUAGCCAUCACUUUGAAAGCCUCGGGCCUGGGAACAACCCAGGAUAUUGACCUACCCUUCUCGUCUCCGAGAGCCACCAUCUUUGCCUGUGUCCAGAAGCUGCUGGAGCAGACGAGCAAUGGCGACGUCAAAACGGAAAAACUGAAACGCAUCUGGGAGCCCACGUACACGAUCGUGUACAGCGAACUCAAAACGUCGAACAAAGACAAGGACGACGAGGACAAAUCCGGUUGCUGGUCUGUGGAAUAUGUGGAGCGCUAUCUGGGCACUGAUCACCUCCCCAAAAACGAACUCAUAACGUUCUUGCAGAAAAGUUGUGACACUCAUUUUUUACGGACGUGGAAGUUAACAGGUGCAAGCAAGAACAUUCGAAAGAACCGCAAUUGCUCGCAGCUAAUUUCCGCGUACAAGGAGUUUUGUGGGCAGACGUACAGGACGUGCCCUGCAUCCCACAAGCCCGCCGUGCGGCUGCACGACAAUCAGAUCUUAAGUCUUCCCUGUGAGCAGCCUCAGGCCAAGGCCGGCUCUAGUCAGAACAUGUGCGCGGUGGAGGACGUCCUACAGCUCCUGCGAGUUCUCUACAGCAUCGCCAAGGACCCGUACUCCAGCUGCAGCCACGGCAUGGAAGGUCUCGGCCAGAGCUUCAACGUGUCUGCGGAAGAAUUCGCGAGUAAGAAGUUAACGACCAAAAUAUUGCAACAAAUCGAGGAGCCGCUGGCGCUGACGAGCGGCGCGUUGCCCGACUGGUGCGAGCAGCUGACCAGCAAGUGCCCCUUCCUCAUCCCCUUCGAGACGCGGCAGCUCUUCUUCACGUGCACCGCGUUCGGCGUGUCGAGGGCCGUGGUGUGGAUCCAGAACAAGCGCGAGUCGGCCGUUGACCGCGCGCGCGUGAGCUCGUCGGCGCGCCGCGACGACCCCAACGAGUUCCGCGUGGGGCGGCUCAAGCACGAGCGGGUGAAGGUUCCGCGCGGGGAGUCCCUCAUGGACUGGGCCGAGAACGUCAUGCAGGUUCACGCGGAGCGCAAGUCCGUGUUGGAGGUGGAAUUCAUUGGCGAGGAGGGCACGGGGCUGGGUCCCACGCUGGAAUUCUACGCCCUCGUGGCCGCAGAGUUCCAGAGGAAGAGCCUGGGAAUGUGGCUGUGUGACGACGACCUUGCCAAUGCUCAGAACCUGCAGGUGGACCUCGGCGACGGCGUGAAACCGCAGGGCUUCUACGUGCAGCACCUGAGCGGCCUCUUCCCGGCGCCGCUCCCGCAGGACAGCGAAGAGGUGGAGCGCGUCGUCAAGCUCUUCUUCUUCCUCGGCAUCUUCCUCGCCAAGUGCGUGCAGGACAACCGCCUGGUGGACAUCCCCCUGUCGCGGCCCUUCUUCAGGCUCAUGUGCAACGGCGACGUCAGCGGCGCCGCGUGCAAGCCGCUCUACGAGCACGGCGACCCGCACGACGGCGACCUCCGGCCGUGCGAGGUGGCCUCCGAGGCGUCGCUCGAGGAGGGUCCCCCCGACACGCUGUCGGUCGGCAGCCUGGAGGACGACUCCAAGUCCGAGUUCAUUCUGGACCCGCCGAAGCCGCGUGCGCCCGCGUGGUUCCACGGCAUCCUGGGCUGGGAGGACAUGGCGGUCAUCAACCCUCACCGCGCGCGCUUCCUCAAGGAGCUCAAGGAGCUGGCGAUCAAGCGGAAGCAGAUCCUCGGCAACAGGUCCCUGUCGGAGGACGAGCGCAACACCAUGCUGCAGGAGCUCAUGCUCAACAACUCGACGGGCACGGGAACUCCGGUGGCCAUUGAAGACCUUGGGUUAAACUUCCAGUUUUGCCCGUCGUCCAAGGUGCACGGCUUCGCCGCCUACGACCUCAAGUCUUGCGGGGAAGACGAGAUUGUGACGUUGGAGAACGCCGAGGAGUACGUGGACCUGAUGUUCGACUUUUGCCUCCACUCCGGCAUUCGGAAACAAGUCGACGCCUUCAGAGACGGCUUCAACCGCGUGUACCCCAUGGAGAAGCUGAGCUCCUUCAGCCCCGAAGAAGUGCAGCUCAUCCUGUGCGGGGACCAGUGUCCGUCGUGGACGGCGGACGACAUCACCAACUACACGGAGCCCAAGCUGGGAUACACGAGGGAGAGCCCCGGCUUCCUCAGGUUUGUGAACGUGCUGUGCGGAAUGUCGGCCCAAGAGAGGAAGGCGUUCCUCCAGUUCACCACCGGCUGCUCGUCGCUGCCUCCCGGCGGCCUCGCUAACCUGCACCCCCGGCUCACCAUCGUGCGCAAGGUCGACGCGACGGACGGCAGCUUCCCGUCGGUGAACACCUGCGUCCACUACCUCAAACUGCCCGAAUAUUCGUCAGAGGAAAUCAUGCGGGAGAGGCUUCUGUCGGCGACCAUCGAGAAGGGUUUCCAUCUUAACUGAGGGGAGGGGGGGGGGGGUGCGUGUACAUGGCGGAGGUGGCGGGGAAGGGGUCAUCAUCGAUGCAGUAAAGAAAGAGGUUGGGGGGGGGGCGUGGUGGGGAAUGUGUAUCUCUGGUGAAACUCCUGCUGUAGGAUUCCUGUAUCGAUAGCUGUUGCCCUGGGCUUGCUCGUCACGAGUAUUUCUCAACGCAGUCCAAGCCUGAACGUUUGAACGGCAAUACAGGCUGCGUGCACACGCCCACCGUUAUGUGUAUGACACUCGCCUUCUGCUAUAAAGAAUUGAGGAUUGUUCACCGCUUGUUUCUCGGUAUCGUUAUCUGGGAUUGCCAAGUCCCUUUUAAUCACGCAUUCUUGCCGUUUGUUUAGUUUACAUUAGACGUCGUAAUUUAAUCACGAAAUUGUUUCCUUCAAAAAAAGUAAAAAGUGCCUCCAUACUCAAAAAUAUUUGAGCACUUGGGUGGUUUUGAGUCUGCGGUGGUAACUCCACGUUUCUAUGACAGGAGACCAUCUGCUUAUCGGAUGACCACUGUUGUUUUCCCACAAUGUGGUGGUAUUUCUUUUUAUUGACCUGGCUUCAGAAGUAGAAGGUUGACGACGACGAUGGAAAAUUAAAUUGGUGGAACAUCCUGAUGCAAGACUUUAAGGAAAGCCUUGAGGCUCAGUGGUGAGGCCUUCCUCCUGUACCUAAUGUCAAAGAGCUUGUAAAGUCACGGUGUGUUUGUGGUCACGUGAGCAUUUGGAGUGGCCUGGAGCCGGUGGUAGCAAUCAGACACGCUCAGGUUGAGCGUUCGUAUAGCUACGCGACAAGCGCUCUUGGCUGUCCACAAUAAGGGCGCCACGGUGGCGAGGAGAUGUUAACUCCCUCGCCUGGUAUGCAGGAGGUUGUGGGUUCGAUUCUGACCCUGGCACCUGCUGUAUAUUUGGAGUUUGCGUGUUCUUCCCGUGGUGGCGUGGAUUUUUUAUCCGGAUCCUCCGGUUUUUCCCUCCACAUUUAGAAUAAAUAUGCGUUUAGAGUAUUUGGCUGCUAUAAAUUUCCACUUGAUAAGCCACUUAGUUGAGCUGUCAUCUGUGGCCAGGUCGCUCCUGCAAAAGAGCUACAUAGGCUCAGUGGGCCUUACCGAGUAAAAUUAAAAAUAGUUUUAAUUAAUUUGGUACGUAUUAUUUCAACCCCCAGAGGUGCAUUGGCAAUAAGGCCGAGUUGAUCCCAGAUCUAGGAUUUGACCUUGUGACCGACCUCUUCCCGUUGCGAGUCGAGACCUCUACCGCGGAACCGACGCAAUUCAAAUGUUUUUUUUUUUCCGUUGCGCGGUGGCGCCACCAGCCGCGGCACCACCGUGCGUGCCUGUGAAUUCUGUUCCACGCUGGUCGCAGUGCGAGCCGGUGAUUAGGGGCUCGGCCUCCGCCGUCUCGUUAUCUCGACGUUGAGAAGACAUCCACAUCGGCGAGUACGGCGGCGUAUUAAAACUAGGAUAGCUAACACGAAUGCAGUGACCUCAAAUGCACAAUAAAAAGCGUGACGCCCCAACGUAUAUUCUCACACGAACGGUCAGAACAGUAUCAGUCGUUUGGGCUUUUUUGCCGCAACACUCGCAUGUGUUUUAAGAAUGGUGGUAACUGAUUUGCAUUUCGUUGAUAGUGGGAUUGCUGUAUUUUGUCAGCAAUAAACUACUUUAACGUGUUCUUUUC